GCCGGUGCCCCGGGGCUGCCCACCAAGGGCCCGAGCCAGGUCUCCUUUAGAGUCUGAGGUCCAUCUUCUUAUCACAUUCCCGGAGAGGGGCUACUGCGGGCUGCCGAGGAGAAAGGGACUUUUUGAGGAGAAAAGCGGAGGCAGACGAUGAAGGGAAGGCGAGCUCAAGUCGGCGAUUUUCGCGCGCUUUGUCGCGGGGGGUUGUGGGUAGCUCGCCGGGAGGGAAAAGAAAACCCCGAAGCCGGGUCGCGCCGCCCGUCGGGCCGGAGGGGAUGUUCGAGGACGAGCCCCACGCCGAGGGGGCGGCGGUGGUCGCCGCGGCCAGGGAGGCGCUGCAGGCCCUGUGCCAGGAGCUGAACCUGGACGAGGGGAGCGCGGCCGAAGCCCUGGACGACUUCACCGCCAUCCGCGGCAACUACAGCCUAGAGGGAGAAGUCAUCCACUGGCUGGCAUGCUCUUUAUAUGUUGCUUGCCGCAGGAGCAUCAUUCCUACAGUGGGGAAGGGCAUCGUGGAGGGAAACUGUGUGUCACUGACCAGAAUACUGCGCUCAGCUAAGUUAAGCUUAAUACAGUUUUUUAGUAAAAUGAAGAAGUGGAUGGACAUGUCAAACCUACCACAAGAAUUUCGUGAACGUAUAGAAAGGCUAGAGAGAAAUUUUGAAGUAUCUACUGUAAUUUUUAAAAAAUUUGAGCCCAUUUUUUUAGAUAUAUUUCAAAAUCCAUAUGAAGAGCUGCCAAAAUUGCCACGAAGCAGGAAGCAGAGGAGAAUUCCUUGCAGUGUAAAGGAUCUCUUUAAUUUCUGCUGGACACUCUUUGUUUACACUAAGGGUAAUUUUCGUAUGAUUGGUGAUGAUUUAGUAAACUCAUACCAUCUACUUCUGUGCUGCUUGGACCUGAUUUUUGCCAAUGCUAUUAUGUGCCCAAAUAGACGAGACCUGCUAAAUCCAUCAUUUAAAGGUUUACCAUCUGAUUUCCAUGCUCCUGACUUCAAAGCUGCAGAAGAGCCUCCAUGUAUCAUUGCUGUACUUUGUGAUCUGCAUGAUGGACUUCUAGUAGAAGCAAAAGGAAUAAAGGAGCAUUACUUCAAGCCGUACAUUUCCAAACUCUAUGAUAAGAAGAUUUUAAAAGGUGAAUGUCUCUUGGACCUUUCCAGUUUUACUGAUAAUAGCAAAGCGGUUAACAAGGAGUAUGAGGAGUAUGUUCUAACUGUGGGCGACUUUGAUGAGAGGAUCUUUUUGGGAGCAGAUGCAGAGGAGGAAAUUGGAACACCUCGAAAGUUCACUGCUGACACCCCAUUUGAGAAACUGACAUCACAGGCCAAUGUGGAAUACAACCUUCAACAACACUUUGAAAAAAAACAGUCGUUUGCACCUUCUACCCCGCUUACUGGACGGCGGUAUUUACAAGAAAAGGAGGCGGUCACCACACCUGUUGCUUCAGCUACUCAGAGUGUAAGCCGCUUACAGAGUAUUGUGGCUGGACUGAAAAAUGCACCAAGUGAGCAACUUCUGAGUAUUUUUGACUCUUGUAUGCGGAAUCCUAUGGAAAACAUUACAAAAAUAGUGAAAGGAAUAGGAGAGACUUUCUGUCAGUACUAUACUCAGUCCACAGAUAAGCAGCCAGGAUCUCACAUAGACUUUGCUGUAAACAGACUAAAACUGGCAGAAAUUUUGUAUUAUAAAAUAUUAGAGACUAUAAUGGUCCAGGAAACACGAAGACUUCAUGGAAUGGACAUGUCAGUUCUUUUGGAGCAAGAUAUAUUUCAUAGAUCCUUGAUGGCUUGUUGUCUGGAAAUUGUGCUCUUCGCCUAUAGCUCGCCCCGCACUUUCCCGUGGAUUAUUGAAGUUCUCGAUUUGCAACCGUUUUAUUUUUAUAAGGUUAUUGAGGUGGUGAUCCGCUCAGAGGAGGGGCUUUCCAGAGAUAUGGUGAAACACCUGAACAGCAUUGAAGAGCAGAUUUUGGAGAGUUUAGCUUGGAGUAAUAAUUCUGCACUGUGGGAAGCUCUCCAUUCUUCUGCAAACAAAGUUCCUACCUGUGAAGAAGUUAUAUUCCCAAAUAACUUUGAAAUAGGAAAUGGAGGAAAUGUACAGGGACAUCUCCCCAUGAUGCCAAUGUCCCCAAUAAUACAUCCAAGAGUGAAGGAAGUUCGGACUGAUAGCGGGAGUCUUCGAAAGGAUAUGCAACCGCUGUCUCCAAUUUCUGUCCAUGAACGCUACAGCUCCCCUGCUGCAGGGAGUGCUAAGAGGAGACUUUUUGGAGAUGACCCACCAAAGGAGAUGUUGACAGAUAAGAUUAUGGCAGAAGGAACAAAACUGAAAAUUGCUCCUUCGAGUGUUACUGCUAAAAGCUUAUCCAUUUCCCCUGGGCAAGCUCUGCUGACAAUGGCCACAGCCACAGUAACGGGGACAACUGGACAGAAAGUUACAGUUCCUUUGCAUGGUGUUGCCAAUGAUGCUGGAGAGAUCACACUGGUUCCUAUUUCCAUGAAUACAACUCAGGAGUCCAAAGCUGAGAGCCCUGUAUCACUGACUGCCCAGUCAUUAAUUGGUACUUCUCCAAAACAGACCCAUCUGACCAAAGCACAAGAUGCUCAUCUGACCGGAGUAAGCAAACCAAAGAGAACUGGGUCCUUAGCACUGUUUUAUAGAAAGGUCUAUCAUUUGGCAAGUGUGCGCUUACGUGAUUUAUGUUUAAAACUUGAUGUUUCAAAUGAGUUACGAAGGAAGAUCUGGACAUGUUUUGAAUUCACUUUAGUUCACUGCCCUGAUUUAAUGAAAGAUAGGCAUUUGGAUCAGCUCCUUCUGUGUGCCUUUUACAUCAUGGCAAAAGUAACAAAAGAAGAAAGAACUUUUCAAGAAAUAAUGAAAAGUUAUAGGAAUCAGCCCCAAGCUAAUAGUCAUGUAUAUAGGAGUGUUCUCUUGAAAAGUAUUCCAAGAGAAGUUAUGGCAUACAAUGGUGAUUGUGAAAUGACAGAUGAUGACAUAGAAGAUGCCACAAAGACGCCCAACUGUUGCACUGAACCAGUAAAAGAGGAAAGGGGUGACCUUAUCAAAUUCUACAAUACAAUCUAUGUAGGAAGAGUGAAGUCAUUUGCAUUGAAGUAUGACUUGUCCAAUCAGGACCAUAUAAUGGAUGCUCCACCCCUCUCACCUUUUCCACAUAUUAAACAGCAGCCAGGCUCCCCACGACGCAUUUCCCAGCAGCAUUCCAUUUAUGUUUCACCACACAAAAAUGGAUCAGGCCUCACCCCUAAGAGCGCUCUGUUGUACAAGUUCAAUGGCAGCCCUUCUAAGAGUUUAAAAGAUAUCAACAACAUGAUAAGACAAGGUGAGCAGAAAACCAAGAAGCGCGUAAUAGCCAUCAGUGGAGAUGCAGAAUCACCUGCCAAACGUCUCUGCCAAGAGAACGAUGAUGUUUUACUUAAACGCCUACAAGACGUUGUCAGUGAAAGAGCAAAUCACUAACGGCACUCCUUUUUCUGAUCAAAGCACUUUGGUGUUGGUCUGGAGAAAGUUGGGGGCUCCAUCCUUCACACUUUUGUCACUGGGUUAUAUAAAAACUUGCACCAAAAGUAAGUUGCUUUUUAAAAACUUUUAUUCAGAAUGUAUCUGACACACAUGUAUUUUCAGUUAGAUUAGAAAAAAAUAUUUUAAGUGCCUUUAUAAAUAUUAAUAUUUUUUAAAAAUGUUUGUUCUUUGGGUUACUUUUUAGGAUGAAUUAAGGAGAAACUAUUUUUUAACUGUCUUUUCAGAAUGAUCAAAUGUCUCCUGUACUUUUUAAUAUGAGGUCAGUGAGUCUUCUUUGAGUUGCUUGUACUGUCUGCUCAUGUUGAAAGUCAGGUUAGCUUCCACAAUAUGUGGAUUCGGUGAUGCACCAGCCUGCCUUGGGUCCGCUGUAGUAACUACACAUCAGGUGUCACCGCCAUGCUAGGCUGCCUGUGCCCUUGUCUUCUUCCUCUCGUAAGUACAAGCAGCUCGGUACCUGAGCCCUGUACUGCCCCACUCCUUGCUUCUAGUCCUGGGCUCUCUUAGCCUGAUGUUACAACCCAGUGAAAGGGACAUUUGCUCUAUUUUUAAAACUACUAUAUAGUUUUGAUUUUCAUGAUAUUACCUUAAUUAUUAUAUGUGAUUGUAUUCAGUUAUGUAGUUUUCAAAAUAAGAAACUGUUUCUUAAUCUAGUAGAGUAAAAUUCAGAUAAAUGAGAAAUUAAAUUUCCUUAGUAAUGUAGCAUUAUGAUAAGAUCAUCCAUUCUUGUUGGGCACGGUGGGACAUGCCUAUAAUUCCAGCAACACAGGAGGAUUGCUGGGAAUGUCAGGCCAGCCUGGCUACGUAGCAAGUUCCCCAGUAACUUGGGCUACAUAGCAAGAACCUGACUCAAAAAGACAGCUUUCAUUCCUGGAAAUAUUUGAAGCUUUCAUAUUCAAAUUACUUCAUGCCUUAGAGUCGGAAUGUUCCAGAUUAAGAGCCAUUUUUUCUUUCUGUCUUGUAUCACUCUUUGUCCUGAUAAUUAUGGCUUCUCAUGAGUUUUCCACUGGGGUUUAACUCCUGGAUCCCCUUGAAGGUCUUUCCACACUGGAGGUAUAGCCUUCUAAAGAAUCAGGUCUUUAGUGUUCACCUUUUCUUGUAUGUUUCUAGAAUCUGAAAGGAUGUGAAUAAGCCAUUCUUAAUUAAUAUCUAGAUGAUGUAUCCGUAUAAAUAUUUUAGCUGCAAACUUAUUUUUUUUAAAUAUACAGUGUUGACCUGGCAGUUUAGCUCAGUAGUGUUUAACUUAUCCAAAACUAGCUAAUUUGAAUUGGUCCAAGAUUUGACUGCCAAUUAAUGAUGAAUGGUAACCGAAAUUUUAUUUUUAAAUUUUAAAAAGAGAUUUGAGUUAUGUUUUAUUUUGCUGAAAAUUGUAUUCUUGUGUUUUGUGUAGUAUCUACACAUGUUGUAAUAAGCCAAAUAAUAGUCUGUCUUGAAUCCUUGUACAUAUUUCUAUGUAACUAUAACUACUGUACCACUUCCAUUAUUAAUGUACAAAAUAUAAAUGUGAAUUUAUUCAAUGACUGUGUUAAAAAACUUAAGACAUGUUUUUACCAAUUUUCAGGACUUUGUAUUAAUGUACAUAAAACUAAUAAAAAUUAAAAUUUUAAAAACUA